AAUUUCAGUGCUUCGCAAACCUUCGUGGCACUUCUCAGUCUGACCCCACUUGAAGACGAAGCACACAAACACUUCAUUACACGACAAUGGUCGUCACAAUCACUCGAACCAGAUCAUUCUCCCGGCAGCGUAAAGUAUCAAAAUCGCCAGCGCGUCGCAAGAUGACUUCACCAAAAUCUGAGCCGAAGCACAAAAAGGCCGAAAAAGCAACGUCUUCACGCUCCAGAUCGGCAAGCAGAGGAAGGCCGAGUAAGAAGGAGAAAGGAGAUACCAAGAAGACGAAAAGUAUCAGCAGAUCACAGUCUAGGGGACGUCCAAGCAAGGUACUAAAACGAUUGUCGAAAUCGCCAGCAAAGAAAAAAGUGUCGUCACCAGCUAGGUCGGCUAGAAAAGCAUCACCAGUCACAAAAAGAAGCGUAAAAAGAACCCCAAGCGUAAAAAGGACGCCGAGCGUAAAAAGAACCCCGAGCGUAAAGAGAACAGGAUCGACGAGAAGCCCAGCACCUAGAUUGACAUCAACCAAGAUUCAUCCUACUAAACUAGAAUACUCCGCACGUGGUACACUAAGACCACAAAAAUCUCCAAGUUCAAGCCCCUAUGUAGAUGAAGAUGAAGAUGAAGAUGAAGACGAAGAGGAAGUUCAUACCUAUUCUCGAAGCUUCGAGAGACAAGAUACUGGAGACUACACAUCUACCCCGUUGGAGUCUUCUAGGCGAUACCUAAGACAUGAGAGCUCAAGUCCAUCACCAGUGAAGAGAACUCCAACCAGAAGUCAGAUGUCAAAGAGAGGCGAACCUUCAGCAUUAUCUGAAGCAUACGAUUAUGCCAAAGAAACAAUGGACACAGUGGGAGAACGUAUUCACGAUUUUCCACGUACGGCUACUCGAUCCGUGUUGAAAAACCGUCGAAAUUAUCGUCGUGAAGAACUGCGUGAAGGCAUAAUUGGUACUGCGAUAGCUGACUCGAAGAUUGCGAAUGUGAUAACGAAAAUGCAGCGUGUACAACAACUGAAGUCGUUGUUACCCAAGUCAUCGGUUGUAUACUACAAGAAACCGCUGUUAAUCACAAAGGGUAAAAUGCAGUACCUGUACGACUGUAACGGUAAUGAGUACUUGGAUAUGUUUGCCGGGAUUGUUACUGUAUCGGUGGGACAUUGCCAUCCAAAGGUCAAUGCCGCCUUAAAAGCACAGCUUGACAAGCUCUGGCACACCACAUGCAUUUACUAUACGGAACCCGUUCUUGAGUAUGCAGAAAAGCUUACGGCGAAGUUUCCAAAACAUAUGAAGGUAUGCUUCUUCGUAAAUUCGGGCUCGGAAGCUAACGACCUAGCAAUGACAUUGGCUAGAGUACAUACAGGACGUUUUGACAUAUUAUCAAUGCGUAAUGGAUAUCAUGGCAUGACACAAACCGUUAUAGGAUCGACAAAUAUAGGAACAUGGAAACAGCCAAUGCCAGCCGGUUUUGGGAUACUGAAAGCUAUGACAGCCGAUCCGUACAAGGGACCAUGGGGUGGCAAACACUGUCGCGAUUCACCUAUCCAGCCGAAGCGAGACUGUGAUUGUAAAGCUGGCGAAUGCAAGGCUACAGAUAAGUAUAUCCAACAAUUCGAAGAAACUAUACAACAUGACUUCCCGGCUGCCACAGGACCCGCAGCGACGUUGAUCGAAUCCAUUCAAGGUGUAGGCGGAACGAUGCAAUUUACCAACGGGUUUCUAAAGCGGGCAUUCGAAGCUGUGCACGCACGUGGAGGAUUAGCAAUAAGUGAUGAAGUGCAGACCGGUUUUGGACGAUUGGGAUCACAUUUCUGGGGAUUCGAGGCACAAGAUGCAAAACCAGACAUUGUUACGAUGGCCAAAGGUAUCGGAAAUGGUUUCCCCAUGGGUGCUGUCGUCACUACCGAAGAGAUCGCAGCUUCAUUUGGAAAAGCGCUUUACUUCAAUACAUUUGGAGGAAAUCCAAUGGCAUCAGUCGUUGGCAAAGCUGUCUUAGAGGUGAUUGAGGAAGAGAAGCUCCAAGAAAAUUGUGCGGUUGUGGGUGAUUACCUGCUGAAGCAGCUUGCGUCGAUCAAAAGUCCAUUGAUCGGUGACGUCCGUGGAAAGGGGCUUAUGACUGCUGUCGAGUUUGUCGAUGAGGAUGGAAAACCGCUGCCAAAAGACCGCAUGGCUGAUUUGUUUGAAAGAGUGAAGGAUAACGGUGUACUAGUCGGCAAAGGAGGUCUGUAUGGUAACUGUUUCCGUAUAAAGCCACCGAUGUGCGUCAACAAGAAGGACGCGGACAAAUGUGUCUCAGCAAUCGCAGACGCUCUCAAACACAUAGCAUAAGCAAUUUGGAUAUAGGUUGCUCAUGCUUGCGGGUAUCAUGUGCCGAAUUCUAACUGAAAUAAAAGGAUUCCUUA